AUGACCGAAACAAGCCCCAUCUACAACCUCAUAGCCGCCAUGGACGCCGAAGACGACGCCACCGCCCACAACACCACCGCCGCCCCGGAUGACGACGACGCCACAACCGACUACGGCGCCCGCGCCGUCCGCAGCGCCGCCAUCCCAGCAAACGAGGCCGGCGAAAACCGCCUCGUGGACCAUGUCUCCGUCCAGGUCUCCGCGCCGAGAGAGGAUCCAAUGGUGUCGCGUCGCCGGCGGCAGGAGAUGUCGACGGCCGGGGGCGGGUAUCAGUUGCGGGAGGUGGAGGAGCGGGCGGAUGGGUCGAGGCGCGUGCAUCGCGAGUACGAGGAUCCGGCCACGGGGGUGACUUAUGUGCGGGAUUUGGAUGGGUGA